UCCUUCAAGUGUGUGCUAAUUUUUUGAGCGUUUACACUGUACAAGCGAAUCACAGGAUUUUUGUCUCUAACUUACCUCAAAUAUGACAACACCUACAAAGUGACGACGUCUAUAAUUCAAAAUGCGAUUUAUGUGAAGUUAUUUUUCUCGUUAAGAUUGAUUGAGUUCCAAGUCCAACUCAAUAUAUAAGGCUCAAAACCAAUAAAAUUAAUGGCUAAAGUACAUUACUAACUGCAAAACAAUUAUAAAUCUACUGGUAGUUGCCUAUGUUGAUACUAAAGUUCUCGAAGCAAGUAAAAUAUGUCCCAUUUCAAUAAUAUUUAAAAAUUAGCAAGCUAACGGGACUCAGGAAUAGCAAUAUCAUACAAUUUAACUUUUCAUAGCAACGCAUUUCGUACUUUUUCAAGUGCUAAGGAGCACAGGAAUGAACAACUUAGUUAUGCGGCUCUCGAAAAGGAACAUGUCAAUCAGGAGUGAUUGGUCACUCCAAGCCGCUUCUGGAGUCGUUCUCAUUUAUGCAGUUUUGACAACGGUGGCAGCUGCACCUCCUUCAUCGUCAGUAGUACAAGAUACAGAAGUUCUCGAAGAUGCAGUUGUGGUAGAUCGUGAAGAACCUCUAAAGGCAGUCGAAUCCCUCCAAGCUCCAGUUUACGUCACCAUUAUUCAACGCCAUAAACAGGCCGACAUCUUUAAGCCGACUGAUAACUCCAAAGAAUACCAUCAUUCAGACCCCUACCCGGAAUCACUCACGUACGGGGAUCUGUAUCAUAAGAAACCUAAUUACUACGAAGAGCUCCCAGUGAAAUCUUAUAAUAAGGUUUAUUCUAAGACAGUUCACAGUGAUCCAUAUUCUCAACCCCAAACUAUCAAUAACGAUAAAUACGACACAGGAAAACCUCAUUCGCUGUACCAUUCCUUGUACCAUCCUUACGAUUCUCCGAAAUCUACUGUUAGCGACGCGGAAUAUGAACACGCUUACGUAAAAGCGAAAUCCCAUUACGCCAAAGACUCUUAUUAUAAAGAACCUGAAUAUAAUUCUCAUGUACCGAUAUAUUCUAUCUCUCACGAACCGAUAAGCAUCCCAGUUUAUGAACAUGCUCAUGAGUUUGUUCAUCCAAGUUAUAAUCAUCACGAUUACAAAUUCAAAAAGGGUAACUAUGAAGAAGUAUCCGAACAUGACUCGCACGGAAUUCAAUAUAGGUACGCACCUCAACUUGACUAUCAUAAACAUGAAAAGUCCGACGUCUCAGACACCUACGACGACCGAAAGCAAUCUUAUCCUAAGUCGUUCACAUUCUUGAAAUCUCCAGGUUAUGACUACGUUUCCAAGCCUCGCCAAGAAAUUCGCUCAGAAAUAAAAUACAUCGAACCCACAAUAAAGCCUCUUCAUUCGAAAACUCAUGAGACAGAGCAUCACACCUCUGAUUUGGAUGAACUCAUUCAUGAUUCCAUUUUCUCACCAUUCGCUGCAAAAGACGCGUCGACUUCAGCGCCAGGGAAGAGAAUCAGAGACGCUUCCAACCCCAAAACUGGACUUAACGAUUAUGAUGUUCAAUUAUUAGUUGAUCCAAAGCAUGGAAACAAGGUUUACCGUCUUCCUCAGAUUCACCAAGAUUCUUUAAUGACCCAGUUGUACGGUAUUCGGCAUCCCCGUUUAGCCCAGUAUUACUCCCCGUCGCCGAUUCACUCUCCACAUACAAUAGUUUCCAGCAAGCCAAUAACCCAAUCCUUUGAAAACACCGCUCUACAUCACAUUGAACCAAACUUUACAUACAAGGCGUCCCCUGAAAUUCAUCACGGAUUGGUGCCCAAGUACGAAAACCAAGACUACACACCCACCCCGAGGAGAGCUCGUAGCCAUGUGCAAACUCCAGCACUACAUGCCGACGACCUUGCCUACAAGGAGUAUCAGGAUCUCAGUGUUGCCCGCCUUCCGGCUUAUCGGCGGCGAAGAAGGCGAGGAGACCUGAAGGAAUCAACCUGAGCGAGAAUUGGAAGCACAGUUUUGAGCUCCUAACAUCGGCUGAAGGGACAAGCGGGCGGAAAGGUCCGAACAACACCGAUGCAAACCUAACUUCGCCAAUGAAUACCUUCAGUACGACAAAUUCGAAUGUUAAUGACUAUCAAAAUACUACAAACGAACCUUCCACAUGGCAAUAUGUAGAAAAAAUGCUGCGUGUUAUCAAACUCAGCUCAGCAGAAAGUAAACACACAAAUAAAACGUUCUCUGAAUCUCUUUUACAGCAAGUAUCUUCAUUACUUGAAAAUAACCGUUCACUAUUUACAAAUAACAAAAAUAUUCUGCAUCCAAUUUUCAUUAUCUUAGAAAAUCACGGAGACAAACGUCAGCCAUCACCUGAGACUUCUGUUCAGCAGUCAGCACAAACUCGUGACAGUUUUUCCAAGACCGUACUCCCUACCACACCAACCGACCAAAUGUUAAGUGAACUAAUGAAACUACACAACUUGAGCCUGACAUCUUUUGGACCCUCAAACGAUACAGUAAAAAACUCGAAUCCUUUGGUAGCAAAUUUUGAGACGGCCAAAUUACCUUCGCAUAAGCAAAGUUCAGGUAUAAAGUUCCCGGAUAACGCGCAUUCUGCUAAUUCUCACAGCAAAUACGGCAAAUCAAACAAACUAAUUCAACUCUUACUACGACCGUGGGAUAAAAAUGUUAAUUCUGUCCAGAAAGCUUCACCCACUAGUACUAAUGAACAAACAGAAUUAUCUGAUCAAGGACGAACCAUUAGUUCGUUCUUCUCUUUACCUGAUGCCACGAUGAAUCAACGUCAGAACAACAUGUACAAUAACGUUAUUAAAUCUGCUGUUACUCAAGAUCUAAACAAUUUCUCGCUUUUAAAUUUGAAAGACGUUGCUCGAACGUCUAUUCUUCCUUACUCUGCUUCUCAAUAUCUUAUGCCUGCAUCCACUCUUCACUUCGGUUACGAUACUAAUUUAAAAUUUAAUGAUAUUGGUCACGCUACAACAGAGGCGUCUCCUUUCGGCGUUCAAUCAGAACCUUCCAUGCCUAUUGCACCACACCCUCUCAAGAUGCAGAACACAUUUCCACAUCAGACUGUUCAUGCAGAAACCAACCAUCGUCUUACCGCUCAGUCACCAAGCCCUCUUCAAAAUAACGAAAGGAUCGGUAACGAUGUUCUGUCACACGCCGCCGGAUGUGGCUGUGGCGUCAUGCAAGUGGUAGAGCCUAGGAGGAAAUUUGCUCCGAGGUUUGUGAAUGCUACUGAUGUAGUGCAACGACUACUAGAAAGUGACGACUAAAGCAUGCUUCGAACUACGCAGACCCUUUCACACGCAAGAAUAUCGAGCGUUUUCUCUUUGACUGUUAACUCAAAUACAGCCAUGCUUUAUAAAUGUCAGCAAAUUUCAGUCAAUUACUACUUUAAUACUCUGCAAUAAGUUAGUUGACUCAGCUGCCUCAAUGAAUUGAGGCAAAUCCUCGUUGGAGUUAUUCCUAAAUUUAGUGUUAUAAAUACAAUAUCUAUGUGAUUGUUUGAUAUGUUACGACUUAAAAAAGAAAAGUUUGAUUACAUGUAAGAAGUUAUUUAGUUAUGUCGAUAAGACAUUAAGUGUCUGAUCGCUUCUUUAUUAUUUGAAUGCUUUUUUUCCAGUUUUAACAACAUGUUUCAGUCCUUUUUAGCUGCAAUCAUCCUUCCUAGAAAGACUGCAAGUCAUUUUGUGCUCUUGAAAAAUAAUCAUAAGUAAUUGUGAAACUAAGCCGCUUUUUUAGUCGAAAGAUAAUUACAACUUCUUACGUGUUGAAUAUGCCAAAUGAUUCUACGCGAUUCAACGAACGUGAGACACGAAAAAUACCACUGUGAAGUGUGUAAGAUCGAUCGCGUUUGGACGAGUGUUUAGAUACUUGUUCUGCCCUUUAUUCUUGAGCUCAUACUCGUCGACGUCGAGUAUAUUUUUGAUGCUCUUUCGAUAUUCUGUGAUUGUAUAGUGGAAACGUGGAUAAAUUUCAUCUUCAAUGUGUCCAUUUAACACUUUUUUUACGAAUAUAUAAAUGCUUUUUUAAUGCUAUCCGAAUGCCUGACGAGUUACUAGCUUUAGAUAGAGCUAAACAUGUUUUCCAUAGUCAUACCAAAAUAAAUGCUUUUACUCAUGGGACAGAAAAAAUACCACUGUUAUAUUAAUCACUGAAAUAUACAAGAAUAGCAAAAUACUAUAAACUAUAAGGGCAGAAUGUCGGAUUAACGGUACAUACUGUAUACUGGAACCAUUCAUAAUUCGAACUGAGCAAAAGAUACGAAUUGAUCUUUAACACAAAAAAUGACACUGAAUUGAAUACUAUCCAGUGAAUUGUUCCGGUUCCGAGUGUACUGCCGAUUCAACAUCAUGCAACCAUAGGUUUCCUAUAAUAUUAUUCUCGCAGAUAAUUUUCUUAAUUUCAAAAAUUUUAUACAUAUCAU